AUGCCUUUGGACACGAUAUAUCUGACCCGUCAUGGGCACCGCCUCAGCUGGACCAUUGACUUCCGCACGGGCACAUACAGGGCCCAAUUCCCCACGCCGACAGGAAAUCCAGCAGACCCCGCGCUGACCUCGCACGGCGUGCGCCAGUCACUUGAGCUGGCGGAAUAUAUUGCUGGCGCCGAAUUUCACCCCAAGCCGUCCCGUGUCUACUCGAGUCCCUUUUACCGCUGCCUCCAAACAAUCCAGCCAUCUGUUGAAGAGCUGAAGAGAUUAUCAGCCGGGUCUGGAAGUAGCCAGCAAAAUGGUCAGAUUGGGCCAAUUGAUCGGCAUGCGGACCUGGAUGUACGAAUUGAGAAUGGAUUAGGAGAAUGGUUCGGCGCAACAGACUUCUUCGACCACCCGGCCCACCCAACCCCCGAAAUAAUGUCCACCCACUUCCCAACCCUCCUUACAGAAGCCAGCCAAGCCUACAAACCCCUACUCAUCCCCUCAAGACGUGGCGAGACAAUCGCGCAGCUCCACAACCGCGUAGCGACAGCGCUGGAAGGCAUAAUCGCCGACAUCGACUCAGAAGUCUCCGCCCUCGAAGCAGAGCUACCACCAGACCAAAGAACCAGCAAGUCUGUCCUUAUCUGCGCGCAUGCUGCGCCGCUCAUUGCCAUGGGACGAGCUCUUACGGGCCGCAUGCCGGAUGAUAGUUCCGAAGAAGACUUUAAUGUUUUCACGGCUGGUUUGAGUACAUUUAAGAGGAGGGGGUCUUCCACUAGUAGUGCUGUACAGAGCGGUGAUCACGAACAAAGUUCGAGUGAGAAGCCGCUUGCUGAAGGUACGACGUUCAUUCGUGCGUCGGGAUCCCCGCCGCAGUGGAGGAAUGGGCGUGGUGUUGGCGGUGGGUGGGAUUGUGUUGCGAAUGGGGAUUGUAGCUUUUUGAGUGGCGGUGCUGAGCGCGGAUGGCACUUUGAUGGCGAAGAAGCCUUUAAUACGGGUCCUAUGGCUCCACCUUCGGAGCUACCUGCGAAUGUAGCUGUCACGAAGUUGUGA